AAUGGGGAAGAAAAGAACAAAUUCACCGGAAGGAGAGAGACGGAGACGCAACAAAAAGCACACAAAACACAACCCCAACUUCACCAAAACUCAAAACCUCUGACGCCCAGAGAGAAACCCAUCCCUAUAAAUACGUUUAACACAAUAACCGCUCAUUUCCGGGCCCCACAAUGGACACCGUACAGCCCGGUGGAGCACUUGCCGGAGAUGGUCUCUCCUCCCUAUCUUCGUCCCCUGCCACCAUCUUUUCCCGGUGGACCUUUGCCGUAUCGCAGCGUUACCAGCACCUGCUUGACAAGACAGUUCCUUAUAUCCUUUACCGAUGGAUCGCCUGUCUCUUCGUUGCUCUCAUCUACGCCUUGCGCGUUUACCUCGUCCAGGGGUUUCACAUCAUUACCUACGGCCUGGGGAUCUAUAUGCUUAACCUCUUGAUAGGGUUUCUCUCUCCUCAGAUUGAUCCCGAGAUCAAUGAUGGGCCCUCCCUCCCCACCCGUGGAACCGACGAGUUCCGCCCUUUUGUUCGCCGCCUCCCGGAAUUUAAGUUCUGGUACUCUGUUACCAAAGCUUUCUGCAUUGCUUUUCUCAUGACAUUCUUUGCCGUCUUUGAUGUACCUGUCUUUUGGCCGAUACUCCUUUUCUAUUGGCUGUUACUUUUUAUUCUCACUAUGAGGAGACAGAUAAUGCAUAUGGUCAAGUACAGAUAUGUUCCCUUCUCUUUUGGUAAACAGCGAUAUGAUGGGAAGAAGGCACCUUCAACCGACAGCAUAAGCCUUCCCAGAGAUUGAAUUCCUAAGGUGGAAGGUUUGAAGGUUUUGGUUGUUGUAGAAGUUAUUUUGACAACUAAUUUUGGUGCAGUGAGUGAUUGCCAAUGUCAGAUCAAAUUUUUAGCUUUGAGAAAGCAAAGUGUUCCCUAUUGAUAUAUUUUCAGGAAUAAUAAUUUGUAGAGGGCAGCUUGCUACAUUCCUUGAGCCACGUUGUUAAUCUAAUGACUUCGUAGUUUACAGAGGGGGAAUGCUAAUCAAACAAUGCUGAAGUAUAAUUCUAAAUUCAGUCAUAAAUUGUUCUUUCUUCAGUUAAAAAUGGCAAAUUGUGAUAUAUGGGUCAUCUGAUUAUCUUUUGGAUCGUGCUCUUGUGAUAUAGCCAUUAAGUCUUUGUAUUAGAAUUAGAUAUUGUUUUCUUAAAUAAUUUGAAUGGUUCAUGUGUAAAGUUUUGUACGAAAUUUAUUUUCAUUUCAACUAGCUUCUUAGUCA